AAUGCCCCAGUUGAUUGCUAUGGACACAGAUGGGCGAGUUAAUGUUGCCUGAAGUUUCUUUGAACGGGUAUGUUGAUGAAAAGGGCAGAAUUGUAUCAGGAGUAUAUGAAGGAAGUGCCUAUCCCAGCACAGCGGGGCUCUGUCACCCCAUUUACAUCAUGGAUGGGAUUAGGUAGAUUGAUCAAGCAAUUAUAUGGCCAACCCUUGCAUUACCUCCACAACAUUCUCCUAAAACAGUGGGACCAACUGAGAUUUGGAAGUGAGGAUAAAGACACGCCUCUGGAUAUCAUCGUUCAUCCUUGUAAAGCUGAAGCCACCAUCUGGCUGAUUGAAGAAACCCAUCGCCACACCACAUCUUCCCAUCACAUAGCUAAACUCUGGCUGUCAGAUCCAAUGCAUGAUGCUUUUGUUGAUCCCAUCUUCCUUGAGUUGUGAUGUUUCAUUUGUUCACUUCUAACUCUAUUUGCUGAUUCUGUGUAUGUUUCUUACAACUCAAUAAAACCUUGACGCUGCU